GAAAUGCAAUGAGAGUUUUUAGCCUAAAGAGCCAAGGUGUAAAGAUUGGGUCGGUCUUGAUCACAAUAAAGACCGACUCAAUACUAUGAUUAAGGUCUUCGUUCUUGGUCUUCGUUUAGCUCUUGCUCUUAUCUUCGUUCUUCACCUUGUAUAUUCAAUGUUCGACUUGAUCACGGCGGUUUGGCAUUAUCAAAACCUGUUACAAAAACGAACACGACUUUAGUACGAAAACGUGACAAGCCCCUGUUUCAACAUUUCAUUCAUGAUAAAGUGUACAGUUACAUAGGUAUUUGAUUGCCGCUAGGGCACCUAAAUACAACAUUAACCACAUUCUUUCUCCCAAAGAAAAGAACGUAAGGUUACUGAGAUCUCUUCCAACUAAGUGGUACACCAAAGCCACAGCCAUGGAAGAAGGAAGAAACCUGGAGAACUACACUGUCCAAGGUCUCCUUGAUGAGCUCAGAACCUAUGAGCAUGAGCUGAUGAAGAAGAAGGAAGAACAAGUCAUUCCCUUCCCCACGGCAUUGAUGACAACACCCAGAGUCCCACCGAGUGAAGGGACAUGCCCAAGGAACUGUGACACACCUUCCUCCAGCCGGCUGUCAAGCUCAAGAAUGGAGAACUAUGUUGAGGAAUUUGCCAUGAUGGUCAAACAAUUCCGGAAGUUCAAGAAGUUCUUCAAGAAAGCUGACUCAAUUAGAAGGCCAUCCAAGGGAAAGCCACAGGUAAGUGACUCCCCUCCUGAAUCUUAUUUAUGUUAUAACUGCAGGAAACCUGGUCAUUGGAAGUCAGCGUGCCCGUACCCAAAGGUGGAGAAGUACGGAGAAAGAGAAAGAAAUGAAAAGAAGAAGAAAGCAAUGGUUGCAGCUGAAAGUGACGAGUUAUCCAGCUCAAGCUCGGAUGAAGAAGCCCUCGUCUGCAUGGAGCGCAGAGCUGAGAAGUCCAACCAUGAGGAUCAGUGGACUAUGUCAGAAGAUGACACUCUCUGCCUUAUGGCCAAAGAUGAUGCCGAACAAGAGGUAACCUCACAAACCUCCUGCCCAUCUUCUUAUAGCAUACCAACUUCAGAAAAUCUUUUUGACCAGUUCAAAAAGAUGAUGGAAGAAUUUGAGGAGAUAAAUCUCAAACACUCAUCCUUAACAGAAGAGAACAAACUAUUGAGUGUAGAGAAUCUCAAGUUGACUGAAGGUCGGAAAAGUCAACUAGAUGAGAUCACUCAACUCAAGACGGAAAAUAAAUCUCUCUCUGAAAAGAUGAAAUCCCUCAACAAGGAGCUUGGGAUACUUAAGUCCAAAGAAGCAGUGGAUAAGCUUCUUGAAGCGACCAAACAAAAGGGUCGUGAAGGACUUGGGUGGAAACAGGAAAAUGCACCACCUGCUCGUAGGAAAUUUUAUGCAUACAACUAUGAUUACAAUCCCAACAAGUUUAGCCAAGAAGAAGAAGAAAGAGCAAGGAGAAACAUCGAAGUUUCUAAAAUCCUGAGUUAAAAAUGCAGCAGCAACUUCUUCGUAAAUUCUAUUCAUUCAAGCAAAGAAAAGAGGAAGAACUUCAACUCCAUUGGUGAAACAAGAAGAUGAAAUCAUCAUAAGUUUCUUCAAAAUCCUGGCAGCAGCAAACCGUCACCUUGUGAGCCAUUUUCAUAUAUCUUAACGUCAUUAUUUCAGUCUGAUUUCUGAACAAAAGUUGUAGCCUCGUGUCUCGCGAAUCCAACGCAUCAAACGGUUUGCGAUUUCGUUGAGAAACGAAGGAGAUAUGGUCAAAAUACCGAGACUGCGUCGGUGGCGACGGGCCUCUCGGGUUUGACUACUUUCUUUUCAAUAUUCUUUCCAUUCCGUUCAAAACUCUUAUCGUCGAUUCUCUAGCGAUUAUUAGGAACUCCCAGAGAGUAUUGUAGAGAAGACCCGACGUUGGAAACUUGAAGUUGAUAGAGGUGUCCGUACGUUGAACGUUCGUUGAGGCAUAUACUUUAUUCCUAUCACUUCCGUCUUCAACGUUAUCAAGGCGAGUACAUUGCACCUU